AUGGAAUCACUAAAUGGUAAAGAACAGCAGGAAUUUCAAAAGUUGGUGGAACAGAAACAAAUGAAAGAUUUCAUGCGUUUGUACUCCAAUUUAGUGGAAAGAUGUUUUGCAGACUGUGUAAAUGACUUCACCUCCGCCAAACUAACCAGCAAGGAACACAGUUGUAUUAUGAAAUGUUCUGAGAAGUUUCUCAAACAUAGUGAACGCGUCGGGCAGCGUUUUCAAGAACAAAAUGCUGCACUAGGUCAAGGUCUUGGUCGUUGA